AUGACGACUAAUAAAUCAUCAAACGGUCAAUUAAAGAAUGAGAGUCAAUCGACUCGAUUAUUUUAUGAUCCAAAUUCUUUAUCAAGUUUUAAUGGAUAUCGUAUUGUUCAUACUCAUUUUGAUUUAAAUAUUGAUUUUAAUACAAAUAUUCUUGAUGUUGAACCAUUAAAUAAUGAAUUAUGUGAAUUUCUAUUAAAAUCAAAUGAUACAGAAAAAUUACUUUCAUUUCAAGUUGAUAUAGAACGUGAAUCAUUAAUUAUUAAAAUAAAUGAUCUAUCAAAAGAUUCAAUUAUAUCUAUUAUUAUUUAUUAUUCAACAUCAAAUACAAAAUGUACAGCAUUACAAUGGCUUACAAAAGAACAAACAGCUGAUAGAAAAUAUCCAUAUAUGUUUAGUCAAUGUCAAGCUAUACAUGCACGUUCAUUAUAUCCAUGUCAAGAUACACCUGGUGUUAAAAGUACAUUUACAGCAAAAAUAACAUGUCCAAAACCAUUGACUGUCUUAAUGAGUGGUUUACAAACAAAAUAUGAUGAAAAUACAAAUACAUUUUAUUUUGAACAAAAACAAGCUAUACCAUCUUAUUUAAUUGCUAUUGCUGUUGGACAAUUAGUUUCAUAUGAUUUAAGUCCUUGUAUUCGUGUUUGGACUGAACCAAGUAUGAUUAAACAAUGUCAAUAUGAAUUUGAAGAUGCAGAAAUAUUUUUAACUGCUGCUGAACAACUUCUAGGAGAAUAUCAAUGGAAAAGAUAUGAUUUUCUUGUUUUACCACCAUCUUUUCCUUAUGGAGGUAUGGAAAAUCCAUGUAUGAAUUUUCUUACGCCAACAUUACUUGCUGGUGACCGUUCAUUAAUAUCUACAAUUGUUCAUGAAAUGACACAUUCUUGGACAGGAAAUUUAGUAACAAAUGAAAAUUGGGAACAUUUUUGGUUAAAUGAAGGAUUUACAUCAUUUAUUGAAGCAAAAAUACUUGGAAAUUUAGACAAAACAAAUGGAAAAGAGGUGCGAAGAUUUCAUGCUGCUCAACAAUGGGAAGAUUUAAAAACUUCUAUUGAUACAUGGGGACCAACACAUCCAUAUACUUGUCUUGUUUAUCGUUUAAAUAAUAUUGAUCCUGAUGAUGCAUAUAGUUCAGUUCAAUAUUAUAAAGGUGCAGCUCUUCUUUGGCAUCUUGAACAAAAUAUUGUUGGUUCUGAAUCUAAUUUUGAUGAAUUUCUUCGUUCAUAUAUAAUUAAAUUUGGACGAAAAAUUUUAAAUACUGAUGAUUUUAUUCAAUAUUUUGAAUCUUAUUUUCCUCAAGUACCAUCUGUAGAUUGGCAAUCAUGGCUUUAUACUCCUGGUAUGCCACCAAUAACACAUGAUUUUUCUACACAACUUGAACAACAAUGUCGUCAAUUGGCUACUCAACAAUCAUCGAUUACAAAAGAACAAAUGAAUAUGUUAAAUGCAAAACAAGUUGCUUAUUUAUUAAAUCUUCUUCUUAAUAAUCAACAAUCAAAAAUAAAUUAUGAUUAUAUAAAACAACUUGAUAUUAAUUGUGAUAUGUCAAAAUAUUCAAAUUGUGAAAUUCGUUUUCGUUGGUAUCAAUUAUGUAUACGUGUUAAAUAUGAAAAACCUUUAGAUGAUAUAUUUAAAUUUCUUGAAAUAAUUGGUUGA